AUGCCUUCUGCGCAAAUAGACAAGGCUUCAAUAUCGCAGAAUCCUCCAGAAGGCGCCCAUCAUAACGCGCAGACGGUAUCUCGAGAUGACAGAGAACUCCUGGAUGACUCCGAAUCUCCCGCUGCCCGCCAGGAUCCCCACAAUAUCAGAUUCUGCAAUCAGCUUAGCUCCAUCCCUUCCACCAUACCAGCUACUCUAGGGUAUCCGUUACCGCUCGCCGAACCACCACUAUGGACAGAGCAAGGGCCAGAAACAACAUCGAAAGGGGAGCGAAACCUUCUUCACGAUCAACAGUUCGACUUUGCUGGACUUCCUCGAAGAGAUAGUCACUCAUCGGGUACCUCUCGCAAGCGCAUGAGCGUGCGGGGGUCAGGCAUAAGCAUAGGCUUUGGACGGACAAGAUAUCGAGAUGAGGAGUCUACGCUCUCCCCGACAGCAACCUACGAAGCAUUCGAAAGAACUGCUCUACUUGGGAGUCUAGGACCACCGGAAGGAGAUGAAAGCACCCCAGAAAACACGAACAAAAGAUGGCAGAAUGCGACAGGUCCUACGAAGAAUCAAACGGAUUGGCAGCGGGAGGCAAAAGUACUGGCAAAAUACUCGCGCUCGCUGAUCCUGACAUGUAUGCUACAGUAUUCGCUGCCAAUGGCCAGCAUCUUCUCGGUUGGACACAUUGGCAAAAUUGAACUUGGGGCUGUCUCUCUAGCCAGCAUGACGGCCAAUAUCACCGGAUACGCAGUGUACCAGGGUCUGGCAACCAGCCUAGACACAUUAUGCGCCCAGGCGUACGGUUCAGGGAACAAAGUCCUUGUGGGGUUGCAAAUGCAAAGGAUGAUUUAUUUCCUCUGGGUCAUGACGAUUCCCAUAGGAAUCAUCUGGCUAGCUGGAACGCAAAUAUUGGAGGCCAUUGUUCCAGAGAAGGAAACUGCUGCUUUGGCUGGAUUAUACCUAAAGAUCGUACUUUUGGGGGCACCUGGAAUUGCAGUCUUUGAGAGCGGAAAGAGGUUUGCACAAGCCCAGGGUCUCUUUUCGGCCACACUAUACGUGCUUUUAGUUUGUGCGCCGCUGAAUGUGUUUCUCAAUUGGCUCUUCGUUUGGCAACUUGGCUGGGGCUUUGUCGGAGCUCCUAUCGCAGUAGCUUCGACCGCGAACCUGAUGCCAAUAUGUCUCUUCCUGUACAUCCGCUUCGUGGAUGGCAUGGAAUGUUGGGGUGGAUUGUCCAGGGAGGCCUUCAAGAAUUGGGGACCCAUGGUCCGGCUCGCCCUUCCUGGGCUGAUCAUGGUAAUGGCUGAGUAUCUGGCUUUUGAAUUUCUAACGCUGGCUGCUAGUUGGAUAUCAACAACACACUUGGCGGCUCAGAGUGUGCUCAGCAUGCUCGUGGUCUUGGCAUGCCAGUUAUCUUUCCCCUUAUCGAUAUCUGCCUCGACUCGUAUUGCCAAUCUCAUUGGUGCCACACUCUCCAACACAGCCCAAGUGACCGCCAGGGUCUCGUUGAUAGCGGCAUGCUGUGUCGGAGUAUGUAACAUGGUCAUCCUAAACAGUCUCAGACAUCGCAUACCAUGGAUUCUCACCAAUGACACGGACGUUGCCGAGUUAGUAGCCAGGGUGCUCCCCCUCUGCGCAGCAAUGCAGUUACUCGAUGCCUUAGCUGCAAACUGCAGCGGCAUUCUGCGGGGCCUAGGAAAGCAGGCGAUCGGAGGCUGGGUUGCCCUCUUUAGCUACUACGCGAUCGGGCUACCAAUCUCGUUAGGAACAGGGUUUGGGUUGCAUUGGGACUUGUAUGGGUUUUGGGCUGGUUCAGCGAUCGGACUUGUUUUGGUGGUUGCUAUUGAAGGAUGGUACAUUCACAAGACUAGCUGGGAGAAGGCAGUGGAGAGCGCUAUGAAGAGAAACACCAUGGGAUGA